AUGCAAAAGCAUUGGAAUGAAAUUAUAGAAAAAUCUUUGAAGGAUAUUAAUGAAAAUGAAAUUGAAGAAGAAUUAAAUAUUUUAUUAAUUAAUUUGUUACCUAUAUCUGAAAGAAAUGAAAUUCUUGAGAAAGAUUUGGGUGAUAAAAUGAAAGAAAAAUUGUAUUUUUAUAAAAUUUGUGAAUAUUUUAUUUAUUCAAAAGAACAAAAUAUGGAUGGGAAAUUAACCAGAACUCAGAGAAAUUUCGUUCAGGAAAUGUUGAAUUUAAAAGAGAAACAAGAGAUUAAUGAAUGGGUGGCUAAAGCGGAAGAAAGAAUUAAUGAGUUAAUUAAAAUGAAAGAACAAAUUAAAUUAGGUAAAAAUUAUGUUAGAGCGAAAAUGUUCAGCCAUACGGGGUUAUUUUUAAAGGGUUCAUGGCAGGGCUGGAUGAUUUACAGAAAAUCUAGUUUCGCAUCUUUCGCAUUUUUCACAUUUUUCAGCGCAAAAAGUUUCGCAUUCCGCUCUUUAUUUUUUGAUUUUGCCCAGCCCUGGAGCAUGUGUUGUUAUUGUAGAUGGUGGCAAUAA